AUGGAAGUGAUGAUGGAUGAAAGAGUUGAAGAAGACGACAGGAUUUCGAAUCUUCCAGAAGAAAUACUAUACAACAUAAUAUAUUUCAUGUCCAAAAAGGAUGCAGCUAAAACUUGUGUAUUGUCCAAAUCAUGGCGUUUUCUUUGGCAAAACAGGCUAACAAUUUCUUACAGUGAGGGAUCAUCCUUAUUCAGUGGACCUCACCGCACCAGAUUAUUCAUCAACGCUGUACGGUCACACCUCAUCAAAGACAAUCAUCAUCGCAUAGAAGAGUUUCACCUCGAUGUAAAUAGUUCCGAUUCGGCUUCCCUUCUCGAAAACUGGAUCCCAAUGCUCAAGUCAAUCGGUGUCAAGGCCUUUUUUCUUUCUAUUGACCUCCAUGCACCCGAUUCGUCGUCGUCGUACUUUCAUCUCCCCUCCGUUUUCUUUCAAGCCGAAUCUCUCACCAGUUUACAUCUCUCUCGAUGCAAGUUCCCCCAAUACGACCGCAACGUACUCUUUCAUCGCCUCGAACUAAUUUGUCUACGCAAUGUCGAGUUCACCGACCAACAUACUAUCAAUAAGAUAUUAUGGACCUGCCCUUUGAUCACAAGUAUUCGUCUCGAAGAGUGUAAAGGCUUGCAUUUUACUAGCGUCGACUUGUUCCUCAAACAUCUCAAGCACUUCACUUUCAUCAACAAACAAAUCGAAGACGAAGUCUGCGGCAUUGACAUCCUGUCGGUCCCCACUAUCGAAAAAAUCUACAUUCAUGGCAGCAGUACUCGAUUUCGAUUCCACGGCCAUAAGUUUACUUAUCUCAAGGAACUGUCUCUAAAAUUGGUGAUAGUAUCCACCGACUCGUUCGACUUUUCUUCAUGUUACGAAUUCCCGCUCCUUGAAAGCUUCGAUAUUACCGGUCCCGGAUGGGAUGAUAUAAAUCUACGUAUGCAUGCCCCGAAAAUAUUGCAUUUUAAAUGUCUAGGGUACAAUAGAAUCCCAUCCAUCGGUUUUACUACGCCAAUGUCGAGGCAGUGCAAAUCGGUUCUGGGCUUUCGGUUUCGUCCUGAAUCGAACUCGUUCCUCGAGCUAAGUGGAUUUCUCCAUGCGUUCAGUCAAUCUCGAAUUUAUCUCAGUGUUUUUUUAGAUCCCAUGCCAAACAUUUUGAACAUUGAACAAGACAUUAUUGAUAAUAUUGAUGGUGUUGAUGUGGAAGAAUUGGGAUUAAAUAUGGAUCAUGCAGCUUCGUUUCCAACUUUUCUAGACUGUAUGUUUAGCGUUUGUCGUCCGAGGAACAUAGUUCAGCACUCGUACGUGCGAGAAGCUCACAUCGAAAGGGAUCAAAAGGAACUCACCGAGUUUUUGUGCAACUUCCUAACUAUGAAAAGUUGGGAAUUUACAAGGAAAGAAGAUUUGGAGGAAGUAAGGAUUGAAAGCUUCGAUGCGGAUAAUCAACAAUGGGAACCUGUAUUAUUGUCGGAAUGUGCAUUAUUGCCGGAGAGUAAAAAACGUCUCCGCUUUCAAUUGAAAUGGAGUGAAGAUGCUAAUCGUGACGAGGAGUCAAGUUCUUCUAAGCGUCGCAAGUUGGAAUAA